GCAACCAAGUGUGGUGAAUGCCGAAAUUUCGUUGGUGUUGUUGUCAAAAGUCCACAAAACAAACAAACAAGAUGUCCGACCCAAAGCCAAAGCAGGACGUCGACAAGCAGGGCGGCGAGCAGCAGCCCGAGGAGAAGAAUGCCAAGGAUAGGAAGCAAGGCAGCGCGGACGAGGACAAGGCCAAGGGCAAGGCCAAGGAGGUGGAGCCGUACGACUUUGAGCGCGGUAUUCGGCGGCUGCAGGCAAAGUACCAGGAGCUGACGGCCGUGUUUGAGGAAGAAGUGGACAUGCUGCGGCGCGACCGAAAUGCGCUGGCGGAGGAGAAGGCGACGUGGGAGGUGCUGGCCACGAAGCUGGACGCCAGCGUCGUGCCGCAGUCCAGGGUGAAGCUGGACAUUGGCGGAACUGUGUUUGCCACGUCCAAGCAGACGCUAACCAAGUUUGCCAAAAGCUUCUUCGCAGGCAUGUUCAGUGGCCGCCACGAGCUGCAGCCCGAGGAUGACGGCUCCUUCUUCGUCGACCGCGACCCUUUCGUGUUUCGGCACGUCCUCAACUUCAUGCGGGGGCAGCCACCCAAGCUCGACCGCCUGAGCAAAGCAGAGUUGGAGGCGCUCCGAGAAGACGCAGAGUUCUACCAGCUGCCAGAGCUGCUGGAGGCCCUCACGCCUCCGAAGCCAACGACGUGCAAGUUUACACCAGGCGAAAAGUAUACCCUCAACACCCGGCAGGACACGGUGACAAAGACUGUUGAUAAUUAUCAGUGGGACACCAACGCCCUUGGUGAAGCGAUCCCUGCGACCGGCAUCACGACCGUCCGAUUCACUAUCAUGCAGACAGGUGGCGCCAUUUUGCUUGGCCUGGCGCCAUCAUCCUUCAACCGGGAUGGCACCAGCAUGUUCAAUCAGAGCGGGUGGUUCGUCCAUACAAACAGCACCCUCUAUUCGGGUCCGCCCACCAGCUUCAGGGGCAAGACUUAUGAUGCAUCCACUGGAAGGCUCUCAAACGGCGCUGUCGUCGACAUGGUGGUGGAUCGCAACGCUCGCACCAUUUCGUUCAUCGUCAAUGGCACCAACGCUGGCGUGGCGUACCAGAACGUCUUCCAACCAACCGAUGAACUGUUCCCAUGUGCGAUUCUGUACCAGCACAAUGACAGCGUUCGCAUGCAGCUGCUCAGCCACACGCCAUGAGGAAUGUGUGGGGUGAAGAAGCUCCCUUCAACCCUGACCACAUCCUUGCCCCUGUCAUCACUCGUGGCAGCUUCUCUGCUCACGCAACCCCCUCCUCGUCUUCCACUGACCCAUCUUCUAUUGCACGCGUUAUCCCCCGCCCCUAAACUGAACCCAUCCCAUCAACGAGUUUCAAC